AUGCCUAAAUUUGAUCCCACGACAAAGAAAGGCUUGGUGCGUGUUCUACCCGCUCAAAUCGAUCCACUUGCAGGGUUAGCGCUUAGAGAAACUAACCCCGAACCCACUGAAAAAAGAGCUCGCCAUCCUCCUAUUUUGAAAUCUAAAAAUCCGGUUCCGACACCUGAAUAUGAAAUUCCGGAACCUGAAUAUGACGACGAAGAGAUUGAUCCUUUUGCGAAAGCCCGCUCGUCCAUGCAGAGGGAGGGCGCAAUCGGUGAUGCUGAUUACGGUCGGAGGGUGGCUGGGCAGCGGGACCCCUGGCUCUUUUCUGGGGGCAGCAAUGUGCGCCUACUGAAUUCAAGCAAUUUUUACGAUUCUGUUGUUCGUAUGGAGAAAGCUUUGGUCAUGUUCUACAACCCAUCCAGUCCGGAGGACAGCAUUUGGGCUAGAAGAGAAUUCUCUGAGGCUGCAAACAAACCAGGGCCCCCAAACCAAGUCUUCGCUAGCGUCGACUGCUCCACCAACAGAGACCUCUGCUGCCGGGAACAAGCCACCAGGAAUCUCCCCAUCUUCAGACUCUACUCCAACGGCUACCAAGUGAGCACUAGCCAGCACUCCUAUGACCUUACCGCUAACCAGAUGGUCACACUAGUCCGGAUGGCGCCUGUACUCAACCAGCCACGGUCAAAAGUCUGA